UUUUUAACCUCUGAUCUCCAGCAAGUACUGCAAAGAAGAAAAGACUCUAAAGAAUCAGUCACGUUUCCUGUCUAGUCCAAGUAACAUCCCUGUCUUAAAACACAAGCAGGAGAAAUGAAGCACAUUAUCAAUCUAUAUGAAAACAUCAAUGAUACAGCAAGAAAUAAUUCAGACUGUCCUCAUGUGGUUUUGCCAGAAGAGAUAUUUUUCACAAUAUCCGUCAUCGGGGUUUUAGAGAAUCUGAUCAUCCUUCUGGCUGUGAUCAAGAAUAAGAAUCUCCAGUCACCAAUGUACUUUUUCAUUUGCAGCUUGGCCAUUUCCGAUAUGUUGGGCAGCCUGUAUAAGAUCUUGGAAAAUAUCCUCAUCAUGUUCAGAAACAUGGGUUAUCUCAAGCCUCGUGGCAAUUUUGAAACCACAGCAGAUGACAUCAUUGACUCUCUGUUCAUCCUCUCCCUACUUGGGUCCAUUUUCAGCCUGUCUGUGAUUGCCGCUGACCGCUACAUCACAAUCUUCCAUGCUCUGCAGUACCACAGCAUUGUGACCAUGCGCCGUGCCAUUGUUGUCCUGAUGGUCAUCUGGACAUGCUGCCUGGGCAGCGGCAUCACCAUGGUGAUCUUCUCCCAUCACAUCCCCACAGUGAUCACCUUCACAUCGCUGUUCCCUCUGAUGUUGGUCUUUAUCUUGUGCCUCUAUGUGCACAUGUUCUUGCUGGCUCGUUCCCAUGCCAGGAAGAUCUCAACCCUUUCUAGAGCCAACAUGAAAGGGGCCAUCACGCUGACCAUCCUGCUCGGGGUCUUUAUCUUCUGUUGGGCCCCUUUUGUCCUUCAUGUCCUCUUAAUGACAUUCUGCCCAAAUAACCCCUACUGUGCCUGCUACAUGUCCCUCUUCCAGGUGAAUGGCAUGUUGAUCAUGUGCAAUGCAGUCAUCGACCCCUUUAUAUAUGCCUUCCGGAGCCCAGAGCUCAGGGACACAUUCAAAAAGAUGAUCUUCUGCAACAGAUAUCAGUAGAAUUAUUGACCCCUGAUUUUAGGAGCCACAGGGAUAAUAUUGUCAAGUGACAGAAUAACAUGACAUACCAACAAACACUAAUGCUCCCGACUGUCCUUUCCUUUCCUAACGUGCAUGAGGGUUAUUCCACUUACUAAUGUUUGUAAUAGCUCAGUUCCAUGUGAACAGUCUUGCUGUAGGUACAACUUUUAUAACUAGAGAGAUAAAAUAAUGUACUUAAAAAAAGGACAGAAUACAAAGCACAUACAACAGGAAUACAAAUUUGAGAGCUUUGGGCUAAGGCAAAAUCUUGUUCUUCUACAGAUAUCUAGCAAGCCUAUCACUGGAGUGGCCUUUCCAGGCUGGAG